AUGGGUUCCGUUGGAGAUCUCGAACUUGCGCUUUCCAGAAUCACGGAGGCAGCCAAGGUUGCUGAUGAAAACACGCGCAAGAAUCUCAUUAAUCAACUUCGAAAGACGGCUGUGUCCCUUGAGACUUCUGGCGAAACUAUUCAGCGUCUUAUCUACCUCGCAAUUCAACCCGCACUUUGCCGUGCUGGUAAUGAUCUCGAUCUCUUCAAGAUUUUAGCCGAUAACGGCGGUCCCAUGACUACGACAGAAUUAGCAGAGCAAACCAAAUGUGACCCUUUACUUUUAAGUCGAAUUUUGAGGUUCUUGGCAUCAACAGAUAUCGUAACAGAGGUCGGAGAAGAGACUUUUAUCGCAGACAAUAUCACAAAAGCACUUGCCAAACCUGGCCUUAAAGCUGGAAUGAACCACACCUUCGAUAGUGUUGGUCCAGCAUUUCAAGUCCUCCCAGAGUUCUUCAAGGCUACUGGAUACAAGAACCCUGCUGAUGCAUCAUACUCACCAUUUCACAUGGGACACCGCACAGAUCUCCCAUUGUUCGAAUGGUUCCAGCAAAAUCCAGAGAAACUCGGCUUCUUCAUGGAGUGGAUGACUGCUCAGAGAGAAGGAAUGGAUGUCUGGUUAGACUUGUUCCCUUUCGAGGAAUAUGUCAAGGACCUCGAUCCAGCCCAAGUCAUGUUUGUUGACGUCGGUGGUGGAAUUGGUCAUAAAUGCUUAGAACUCAAGACUAGAUUCCCUGCCCUCAAGGGCGAGGUUAUUCUUGAGGAUCUUCCAAUAACUUUGAAGCAUGCUUUAUCCAUCGAUGGGGUAAAAGCUUUACCACAAGAUUUCUUCACGCCCCAACAAAUCAAGAAUGCCAGAUUCUACUACAUGCGCAACAUCUUGCAUGACUGGCCAGAUGACAAGUGCAAGAUCAUUUUGGACCAUCUCCGUGAGGCAAUGGGCCCAAAUUCUGCGAUCUUGAUUGAUGAAAUGGUUCUUCCCAACAGUGGCACCAAUUUCCAGGCCAUGAACAUUGAUUUCACUAUGAUGGCAGCUUUGUCGGCAAUGGAACGUACUCAAAGUCAAUGGGAGAAGGUCUUAGACUCAGCUGGUCUCAAAGUGUUGAAGACCUAUACCUAUACCGAGUCUUUAAGAGACAGUGUCCAAGUUAUCGUGGCCAAAUAGAUGAUUUGGAUAAUUUAUGGAUGAAGAAUCAACCUUUGUAUAAUAACAUUCAUCAUCUUGUAUGGAGGAGGCUCAUAAGGUGGGUAAUGUAAUCUUAUAUAGUAAUUCUGUUUAAUCGAUCGAAU